AGGUGAGGGGGAACUGCAGGGCCUCAGUUGCCAAGUGGCUGGUAGUAUCUGUCAGCUGUUUGCACACUGUUUACUCAUAGGGGAUCUAUUACAAGUGCUCAAAUGAACCGGCCGCUUAGAAACUAGCAGCUUCCUGGGAGCUGCAAUUACAUAAGCAUAUAUUUUUAAUAUAAUAAUAAUUAAAAAACAAGUAGCCGCGGUAUGCCUGGAUCCGCUACAGCUAUCCGACAAGAGAGACUGAAGAAGACCAGUGCAAGGCCAAUUCCCCUUGGUCUAUUCACCAUUAACGAGGAAGAUGAACAGCAAAAGAAUGGAAAUUCCAGAAGACCAAAAGCGCCUGAAAGCUACAAAGUGCAAGAUAAGAAAAUUGCUGCCUCCAGCCGGCCCUCUGCUAUUUCAGGACAAAAUAGCAACUACUCAGGAAAUAAGCCAGACCCUCCUCCCGUGCUUCGGGUGGACGACCGGCAGCGACUGGCCAGGGAGCGACGGGAGGAGCGCGAAAAGCAGCUAGCUGCAAGAGAAAUAAUCUGGUUAGAACGGGAAGAGCGAGCCCGGCUGCACUAUGAAAAGCAUCUGGAAGAGCGGAAGAAGAAACUAGAAGAACAGAGGCUGAAGGAGGAGCGGAGGAGGGCUGCUGUGGAGGAAAAGCGGAGGCAGAGGCUGGAGGAGGACAAAGAACGCCAUGAAGCUGUUGUACGACGGACGAUGGAAAGGAGCCAGAAGCCAAAACAGAAGCAUAACCGGUGGUCAUGGGGAGGCCCUCUCCAUGGGAGCCCCAGCAUCCACAGUGCAGAUCCAGACAGGCGGUCAGUUUCCACCAUGAAUCUUUCGAAACAUGUUGAUCCCGUCAUUAGCAAGCGGCUCUCCUCUUCAUCUGCAACUUUACUAAAUUCUCCAGAUAGAGUUUUCACAUUCCCUAGUACUCCCAAUUUGGAAAAACAACCAAGUGAAAAUGGAGUAUCUGUUCAGAAUGAAAAUUUCGAGGAAAUUAUAAACUUACCCAUUGGAUCUAAACCAUCCAGAUUAGAUGUCGCCAAUAGCGAGAGCCCAGAAAUUCCUUUGAAUCCAAUUCUGGCCUUUGAUGAUGAAGGGACACUUGGGCCCCUGCCUCAGGUAGAUGGUGUUCAAACACAACAGACAGCAGAAGUUAUAUGAGCAUUUCUUCUGAAGAACCAAAGCAGAAAUUUAAAAAGAAUUUCUACAAUUAAUGGAAUUCCUUCCAUGCUAUAAAGGAGCAUCCCCCUCCUCCAGUUUUCUAAAGAUUUCUUGACCAUCAUUUUGAAAAGACUUUAUUAAAACCAGCUAAAGACAACAGACUGGAUAGCUUUUCUAAUAAUUUUCGCCAAUAGAGAAAAAAAUGUUCCUUGUUCUUCAGUACUUUAAAACAGCUUUUUCCAGUGUGCUCCUUCUUAGCAAAUCAAUAUUUUUCUGCAUUCUCUAAAAGAUGAGAUCAUUUGGCUAUUAAAAAAAAAAUGGGCUGACUAGGCAUGAUUUUUCAUAUAAAUGUGUUGGUCUUUAAAAGCUAACAUAAAAUUGGCACAAAAAAUUUACCUUUUACAAUGUAAUACUUGAAAAAUAAGUACCUCUUUGUUCUACAAGUAGAGUGACUAGGAGAGGUGUUUAAAUUAAGCCUGUUUAAAUAUUACUGCAAAGAGUUCUAUUUGUAGAAGCAAACUGUAGGCAGAUUACCAGGUUCUUGUAAAUGCAAUUUGUACAUGGACAUUCUGCAAACCCAGCUGUCACAUUCUUGCAUCUCUUUUUGCAAAAACAUACUAAACAGUUUUAAAAUGUGAAAAAGAAACAUUAUUUUUUCAGAGCAAGGAAAUAGACUGUCCUCUUAAAUAAUGUAUUUAUAGUUUUUCCAGAUAAACUAAUCAAAUAAAUUAGAACAACGUGACAACAUUGCAAACUUUGAUUUACUGGAUGCAUUCCUUAUGUUACCAUGAGAGAAUGUUUGUGAUGAUUCAGGGCUAUUUCUGACGUCUGUACAUUGCUGCUGUCCCCAGUGAUGGUGGGACUUACCUUUGCCUUACCUGAUCACAAAUUAUGUGGGGGGAGGGAGUAAAGAUUUACUAUUUCUUUAAAUAAAAAAAGAAUUUGGUUUUGCUCGUUUAAGAGCAAAGAAGACCUGAUGGAAUGUUGACUAUGUUUGGCGCACAGAGCACUGUGCAGGACCCCUUCACAAACCUCCUCCUUCUGCGUGGCACCCAUCAGCUCUGACUUUUCACUCUUCACUUUUACUGCUGAGCUUAGCUGUGCAAACUUGCACUUUCAUUUGCUAAUAUAAUUCAGUUUUAUUUUACCAUUUUAGAAACUACUAAUAACUAAAUAUUAAAGGAGAGGGGGCUCUGAAGGAACACUUUUUUUGUGUGUGUGUGGAGUGUUUGGAAAGGUAAACGUGUAGCAGUAUAAUAUGUUGGUUUUAUUAAGAGGGAUUGGUUAAUCUAUAUUGAAUGAGAAACUUCAUUUAUUAAAAUCCAAGCUAUAGUAACAGCUGUAAUUUGUGAAAACAUUAAUUUGGGGCUUUUCCCUAUUCUCAGUUGUCCAUGUACGCAUAGUCAUAUUAAAAAAAAAUCUGUUCAACAAAGUU